CGCUCCUGCCAUGAUUUCUGUUAGCCGAGCUGGCAAAUUUGUUAAUCAUCAACAUGGAUUAAGCGGAUUGUGACUGUUACUUUUCACAUGGCAGGGCAGUGGAAAAGCAGUUUAUUUGACGGUUACAUGAGUGGAAUAAGCCCGUGUCAUCAGCUUCAUCGGAACAGAGAAAGAGGAGAGAAGGUGAGCAGUGACCAUGGAGGCUGUAUUCCACUGUCUCUCCACCACAGUUGGCCAGCUGCCUUGGUUGAUUCUGACUCUGUUUACAUCGUGGACAGUCUUGUGUUCAGCAGAUUUAAAGCAGGCUAGAUGGCCAUUAUAUUCCCAGAAGCCAGUUCUUCUCGCCUGGAAUGCCCCAACACAAGAGUGUUUACCACGACACCGCGUAACUUUAUCUCUGGACCAGUUUGACAUUGUGGCAACCCCCAAUGAGGGCUUUGUCCGGCAGAACCUCACAAUUUUCUACAAGGAGCGCCUUGGCUUGUAUCCCCAUUAUAAGCGUGGUGGCACUGCAGUGAACGGAGGCCUUCCACAGCUGGCCAGCCUCACUCAGCACUAUGAAAAGAUGCCUGAAGGUUUGCAGAAAUAUAUACGUGAGCCAGAGGCAAAAGGGUUGGCUGUUAUUGACUGGGAGGAGUGGCGUCCAUUGUGGAUCCGAAAUUGGGAUGCGAAAGAUAUCUAUCGAAGUAAAUCCCGUGAAAUGGUGGCCAAAAAGAACCCUAAGUGGACCCCAGAACAAGUGGGAAAAGUUGCACAGCAGGAAUUUGAGCUAUCAGCUCGCAAAUUCAUGCUGGAGACUCUAAAACUUGCCAAGAGUUUGAGGCCCAAUCAGCUGUGGGGCUUUUACCUGUUUCCAGAUUGUUACAACCACGACUACAAGAGUGACCUGAAGAACUACACAGGCCGCUGUCCUUUUGUGGAGAUGGCCCGCAACGAUCAACUUAACUGGUUGUGGAUGGAAUGUACAGCAUUCUUCCCAUCUAUAUACAUGGGCUCUGUACUAAGCUCUUCAAAUUAUGGACGCCUCUUUGUCCGAAACAGGGUAAAGGAGGCGAUGCGCCUGGCAUCUGUGGGGGAUGGAUUAGCACGUCCUGUUUUUGUUUAUACUCGCCCGACUUACAUCAAUGAGAUGACCCUCCUAACUGAGACAGAUCUGGUCUCCACCAUUGGUGAGAGUGUUGCACUUGGAGCUGCAGGUGUGAUCUUCUGGGGGGACACCUCCUAUGCAAGCAGCAAUGCCAACUGCGCCACUCUAAAUGGUUAUCUUCAGGGACCGCUGGGCCAGUACCUGCUUAAUGUGUCUACAGCAGCAGAACAAUGCAGUAAGGCGAUUUGUAAAUCCCGCGGCCGCUGUCUGCGCAAAAUACCAGACAAUGACGUAUACCUGCAUCUCAGCCCGUUAACGCACAGCAUCACCAGUCAGGGUGGCCAGCUGAAGGUUGCAGGCUUGCCUGGUCAAGCCGAGCUGGCUCUUUUCCGCACACACUUCCAGUGCCAGUGCUACAGUGGGUACAGGGGUGAGGCCUGUGCUCAGAAAGAAAAAGGGCAGAAUAGAGCCUCCUCUGUCUUCGGGACCUGGCCCCUUUGCUUCUUACUCCCACUAGGACUCCUCACUCUGCUACACUGAGGAAUCUGAGAAGUCCAAAAUAUUCAUUGCGUCUGCCAGCUCUGAAAAGGACAGUUCAACAUAAAGGUGGUGAGUUUCUGUGCACUAGUGAUACUGGUGCAUUGACAGUAGGAGACAGUCAGUCCUGUCACCAGCGAUCUCUCAGUAUGAUGGGGGACUGUUGUCCAAGCACACAGACCCAUCUGACAGGAACAUUUGUCUGACAAGCUGCACUGGCAGAGCGUCAACCUCAGGACCACCUCCUGGAACUAAUGCUGCCCAUCAGUAUUUCAACAGGUCAUUAACUUGUAUCAAAUUAUGCCAAAAAUCAUAACUAUGUCUUAAAAGCCUCUGACCUCCAGAUGAGGAGCUACUGUACACUUUCACUUUACAUUCAAUGGGGCUGUAGUGUAAUUAUGAGACUGUUCCCACAGAGGGCAUGAUGCUUUAUAAAAAAGACUGUUAAAAAGUUUUUUUUUAUGAUGGACACAGCAAUGGAAAGAAGAAAAAGUAGAUGAAAGGUGAUGUGAUGCCCAGUGACAUACAGUAUUGAGAAUUCUACAUUUGCAUACUGCUGCCUAUUUCAGCAUCGUACUUUGUGUCUGUUGAUGGAUUAAGCUGUUAAGUGUUAUGACACGUAGCCUCAUGAAUGAAAUCUAAAAAGUGCAUUAUGUCUGAAGGUGAUUAAUUAGGAGUUUUACAUUUCUUCGGUUGUCUUUGGCUUAUAGAAACAACAUGGCUGGACCUGCCUGUUUCAGUUCAAAGUUGUGCCUUAACUAGGCUACGAAGUGCUCUUCUUUAUGGUUGCCUUUGUUUACAAGUUGUGAUUACUGGGGUGUUCAUCUCAGCCCACUGCUGGGCACAGUGCUUUAUACUAAUAUUAAUUCCAUAUGCCUCGCAUUUGUUUUUGUGUUUUUUAAAUUAACAGAGGAGAAGUACAUAAAAAGGAAAGGGUGGACAGACCUGUAAAGAAAAGACAAAUGUUACAAAUCCUGUUACAAAUGUUUUGUGAUUCACGUGGAUCUCACUGUGAAAACAAAUUACAAAGUAAAAGUUUAGCAGCCAGGUAAUUUACCUGUUGCCAAAUUUUUGUUAAUGUUAUGAAAACAGACAGGAGAAUGAUCAGAUUCUGGCAGUAUGAAUGUUCAGAUACACAGUUGGAGUCCAGUGGCUCAUGGCUGAUUUAAGUUUGCUCCAGAUGUAUUGGUAUCGGCAUAUCUGACAAGAAAUGUUUGAAAAGAAAUUUCAAAAAUCUGUUUAUUUUUCAGUUAUGGAAUGUUUCACUGAGUAGGUCUUAGCCACAUUUCUUUAAUAACCAAACGUAAGGGAUCCUUUUGAAAAUGUUUGUGUUCAUGUUAAAAUUAUUCGGCUGAUACAAUGAUUUGUUUUUACACUCUCAAAUAUCUAUAUGAGCUUCAGAAAUCCAGUGUCGGUCAGGCUCUGUACACAAUUACCAGUUCUGAUUUCUUAAGUGUGUAGUUUGACUUGCUUGCACAGCAGUUUGUGUCAUGGUGUCUGUCAGUGACACUGUGUUGAUAGCAACUACUGUAGCUACAUCUUCAUAUUAGUUUAUUGCCAAGUAAAUAUAUUUGCUAGACUGAAGCUAGGUGAGCAGUUUCAUAUUUAUACAGUAGGUUCUGUAUUUAUUCUAUAUGGUGAUGAUGCCGAGUUAUGAUUCUCGUGGGCAAGUGGUGGGUUGUGCUGUUUUUCACAGACUCAACAACUGAGAAUCACACAUGUAGUAUUGCAAUAGAACGUUUUAUGUGUGCUGCAAAUGUUUUCUAAAAUACUGCACUUUAACUAGUUUUUCGUUGAGGUGGAUCUAGCUUUAUUUCAAGCUGAUACUUACAAGAGGGGAAACAAUGUUCUGGUGCUGGAUACAGAAGCUUGUAAGGCACACUGCUAAUGCAUUACAGUCCAAUAGUGUUUUUCCAUUUGUUGUGUAAUGUUUGAGAUGUGUUCCACUGUGAAUUCUGUCUAAAAGGAAAUGGGUGCUUCUAUGAUUGUUGUAUGUGUACCUCCCUUGGCUUCCAACUCAGUUGCAUUGUGAGAAUAUUUGUCUUUAAAUGUGAUAUUGUGUUGCAGCAAAGAUGAACAUGAACAUAUUAAUCAGACUUAGAAAACCAGGUCUGACACAGUAACACUUAAAUUAUGUAGUAGAGAAUGGGAAGAUGUCUCCCAUUUAUAAUGCAGAUUUCAACCCACUGUACUACAAGUUAAAGCCAAGGGUCGCUACUUACUUUUCAGUAGGAGGCUAUAAACUAAUCGUAUUUGCAGUUUUAGCUUUUUUUAUUUUUUUUACCCAGUACCAUAGACAUAUACUGCCAACCAUUUUUGAAGGCAUACCAGAAUGUUUUAGAGAUGUGAUUUUCUCGUCUUCUAAGCAACCAUUGCUUUUAAUUUAUUACACAUUUGACAUGAAUAUCAACAUGAGACUUGUUUGAGAUGAGUAAUUUUCGGUUACUAUCGUCACUGUCAAAUCUGAACUAACUUUUUUUUCCCCAGUCUCUGAAAACUGACCUAUGGAAAUCAGUGAAAAUCCAUGGCUGCCUGGAGGGUAAAAAAUCAGCUUCAGCAUUAAUAAUGAAAUUAACUUCAUUUUCAAGCCUUAUUCUGCCUAAACAUAUUGGUGUUAUUGUUUGAAACCAAAUCUGAAUAAAAUCAAAGGGUUUUGUAUUUGAUAACAUUUCAUAUUCACCCUUUUCAUCAGAUAAAUUCAUUGUUUAAAAAGGGAUUUGAAUGUAUUUUUUCAGUUUUUCUUAUUGUCUCAGGGCUGUAGUCUACUAGGAUGCU